CUCUCUCUCUUCCUCUCGGUUUUUUCUCUUUUCUUUCCUUUACGCAUUUCUUUCCUGCUCUAGGCCGCCCUUUCUCUCUUGUCCUUUCGUUGUGAAAAGAGGAGUGAGCAGCGAAGACUAUCAAACUCUCAUAAAACUGUCAGCCGCGGCCACCGGGCUGACUUAUGCGCGCCCCUUCCUUAACCGCGGUUGGAGAACCACACGCUUUCAGGUUAAAUCUGCACCUCUCGCGCGACAAACGCGAUCUCCCAUCGCAAACUUCUUAACGAAAGAUCAGACGGACGAUCUCCGCGGAUUAGGAAAAGAUCGGUCGGAAGCUGAAGCCCGAUCGCACCUUUGACUCACGAUUCCGCGUUAUGCAAUAUGCCAGUACAGCAAUUCGCACUUGUAAAACAUACUUUUCUUCCGCCUUCUGAUCAGGAGGAGAUGCGAUACGUAUGAUCGAGCUAAAAUGGAUUCGCGACGGAUGAAAUCAGCGAAGAUACGGUGAUAUUAAUGGGUGAAUCGUUUUCGGUCGAUCAGUAAGGAACAAUCGCGCCUUCGUGUGCCGUACAACCCCUUUUCUUUUUCAUCUGUCUUCACCGCGAGGUUAUACAGUAGGGGGCGCGUGCGCGUGUAGCCCCCCUCGCAAAGCGGACGGAAGACUGCUUCUUGGUGACGUCGCGGCUAGAAGGCUGCAGAGGAGAACGAGAGAGCGAUCGAGAUACUUCUCCCCCACCAACGGUUUCAGGGCUCCCGAAUAUCUCUCCAUUAGCCCCCCUGACGGUGCUAUCCCCUCUCCUUGACCCCUCUCUCGCCCUCUUUCUCUCUCUCUCUCUUACGCACACCCCUCUCAUCGGUUCCUGUCACGUCGGGUAGCAGCCGGGCAACACUACCACACGACGAGCGCCAGCGGCAGCGGAGACUCGACGGAGACGCAAGGAACGGGGUUGAAGAAUCGUACGCCGACGGAGAGACCAAUCAAGGUUUGACGAACGGCAGGGAUUGGUCGAAGCGCUCCUCUGACACGCAGAGAGCGCGGGCACGUGACAAGCUACCGCAUACACCGGCCUUCCGUUGGAUCGCAGCGAGGCCUUCAGUACGAUACCAACCACCCUUCGCGCACGCAACAGGAACGGCAAACUCGCGCGGGUUCACACUCUUCACCCUUUGCCGUGCUCGAGUCUCUGCCGUUGCCGCGAUAUAACACCGUCUGUUAAGUGCAACACCUGUGACAACGUUUAAGCGCAAUUAAUCACCGCGUGAAUAAUUUUUAUGCGCGCACAUAUGUGUUACCUCGCAUGUUAUUUCAUUGAGGAGAGACUUCGCAAGGUCAUCUUCAAUGGGGCACCCCGAUAAGCUGUUCGUUACGCGCUACUGCACGGUGGGCCCACGAGUUCUCUGUAGGUAAUCGCGACUCCUGAGGUCGUAAAGAAGUAGAAGACAGUUUUAUAGCCCAGGCCCACGUGGCCCUCAUAAACUUGACUCGCAGGUCGGUUCGAAUUCAGGCUCGACCUGCCGCCUGCCGCCAGACGUCUGCCUCUCUAUCUCUAUCUCUCUCUCUCUCUCUCUUUCUCUCUCUCUCUCUCUCUCUCUCUCUCUAUCUCUCUCUAUUAGUCCUGAACCCCUCGUUCAUUAUCGAAUCGCUUAGAGACGUGUUUCUCUCGCGUGUAACAGGUCGUGAUAGCUGUGAAUCGUUCGACGAACAAGGUGAAGCUUGUCGCGGAGCAGUCGGAGCACGUGUGUCGCGUGACUCUUGGCAUUGCGAUUCUCGUCAUUGCGGCACGAUGACAGGUUUCUAUACUUAAUGACGACGCUCGUUGUUCAACCGCCUCAGCUGACCGAGCACAACGUCAGUGUUUUCGUGAAUGACGGAACGUAGACGUGCAAAAUCAUUGCUAUAGUGACGUUGACGGCAGGUGAAGGUACGUGAAGAAUGAGUUCCUAUCAGUUUGUAAACUCGCUCGCAUCAUGCUACGCGGGACAACAACCACAGCAACAACCAAGACCAACCGCGAAUUCGCCUGGAGAACCGAUGCAGGCCGCAUCGCCGGCCGGUGGCGAUUAUUACAAUCCGAAUGCAGCGUCUACCAGCUACCCCGCGCCUUGUUACUCGCCUCAACAACAUUAUCCUCAGCACCCUUAUGCUACACCGGCGUCGGGUAUGCAGCAUGCAGCACCCACUGGGAUGAUAGACUAUACUCAACUGCAACCGCAGCCUCGGCUAAAUGCGACCACGACGUCGCAGCAACACGGUAUGCACGCUCAACAAUCGCAACAUCAUCAGCAACCGCAUCAUCCUCAGCAACAACUUCACGCGGAUCCGACGACGCCUCUUCUACAGGGUGCCUCAGCACCAUCAGCACCCUCAACGUCCAGCUGCAAAUAUGCUGAUUCGACGUCGUCCACCAGUGUGGCGUCCCCUCAAGAUUUAACCACAUCCACUUCGAGAAAUAGCCCAACACCCUUAGUGGCACCCGGUACUAGUAAAGCCGCAUCAGGAUUGACUUCACCGCCUGGUAGCUCGUCAAGGUCGUCUGUGGCUGCGUCCGCUGCCUCACCACCCAGCGGUAGUUCGAGGGGCGUCGGCGAGGGAAAUUCAACGCUGACAACAGCAUCUUCCGCUUCGUCGCCCGCUUCUUCCACAUCCAGCACCUCUAGCACGGGUAACAAUUCGUCCAACAAGGGGAACGCUUCUGGCUCUAAUCCGCCUCAAAUAUAUCCAUGGAUGAAAAGGGUUCACAUUGGUCAGAGCACGGUAAACGCGAAUGGCGAGACCAAACGACAAAGGACCUCGUACACCAGGUAUCAGACGUUGGAGCUGGAGAAAGAGUUUCACUUCAACCGCUAUCUGACGAGGCGGCGUCGCAUUGAGAUCGCGCAUGCUCUCUGUCUUACGGAACGUCAGAUAAAGAUCUGGUUCCAGAAUCGGCGUAUGAAGUGGAAGAAGGAGCACAAGAUGGCGAGCAUGAAUAUCGUGCCGUACCACAUGUCGCCGUACGGGCACCCUUACCAGUUCGCGCCCCACCCCGGCCAGUUCGCUCACUUGGCCACAUAGGACGAGUUCUCGCCCGCCGAGCUCGGAGCACACGCUGUCCGGUUCCCCGGGAUGUACGGCGAGCAGAACUUCUAAAAGGCUUUUUCCGCCUUAGACCCCGCGCCACGUCGUGACGCUGUCCACUUGUGGACUCGGCGGGGUCGAGGGAGACUUCACUUCCAGUAGGACACGUGGUGCGUUCCGCUGAUUCCGCAAUGUGCCGAUGGUUUGGAUUGUUCGCCGGAGGAGCGAAAGAUCGCAUCCUUCUUUCGUCUUUGUCGAUAACGUACUUAAAUUAUUUACGCGUUUGUUGCCGGUUCGUGCGUUCGUUCAGCUUAGCUAUCAGAAGGAGAAAAAUCUAUCGAGGCACACACACACACGUGAAGAAAAUGUUUCCUUCCUGAAGCUAAGCAGAAACAAUCCGUUCUCGCACGCCUUCGGCCUGCGGACACGCAAAUACUGUCACUGCGCGACUUCGAAGUUGAAGAAAAGCCAAAAUUUUCUGCAUAUAUAGCGCCGUAUGCCCAACUUAAUAGACUGGACGCGCUCCGAGGGACUCUCAUGUACGUGAUUUAUAAGAUAUUAAUGAUAAUACGGAUGAGAGGCCACCUCAGCGGGUGAGAUAAAACCGAAUCUCUAGUUUAAGGUGUAGAAAUCAACGAUCUAAGUAAUUAAUUAAUCAAAUAACGAAUUAAUUAUCUUGUCUUGGCUGCACACUGUUUCACGUGAAAUCGAUCACCGAUUGAAUAGAAACGAAAUUGGAGAAUGCGCUUGUGUAUUUAUUUAUUGUUUCCUCUUCUGUGCGUCUCAUUCUCUUACUUGGCCCUUUUUCGAACGUAUUCGAGGGAAAAGGCUUUGCGAAAGACUCGAAGUAAUUUCAAAAGAAACAUAUUUUCACGUAAAAAAUCUCUGUAUCAUAGUUCGUAAGAUGCCUAUUAAUACUCAAAUUAUUCUUCAUUGGUCUUGAAGGGAGAAGUGACCUUUAGAAAUCCGUGUUGAUUGCGUAUAAAUUAUGCUGGCUUUAUGAAGUAUUCUUAGAAAAUAAGAAAUGGUUGAGACGCGGCAACUACAUUAAUAGAUUAACAACGAGAUAUUCAUACAGCAUAAUUUGCAUGUGAUGAAAAUAGUACGAUUAUUGUAGUUGAUACCUACAGAAUUAAUCGUAGCGAAAAAUUUUUACAUCUGUGUAUUUAUAAAAUAUUCAUAAAAUUAAAAAAAUAUUAUAAUAUUAUAAUAUAAUAUGAUUGACAUUUUGUAAUAUUGUAAUAUUUUUUUUGUCAAAUGCCUGAAUAUCGUAUUAUUUCAUCUUCAUUCUUGUUCCUGUUAUAUUCCAUGUCGUUACACAAUGCUAAAAAUUAAUGAAAAGGAUGAUAUUCUGUGAAGUAAAUCAUUUCUGAAAAUUAAUUUUCCGUGUCACGCGAGUUGCAUCCAUUUUGUUUUAGAAUAUUAUUUUAUUAAUGAAACGGUGGACAGCUACGACCCUGCAUCUUUUUGUACAUAAUUUGCAGCAUAAUGUAACCAAUGUCUCUCUGGAGCAGCCACGUUGUUCCUAUAUUGUCGAUACGUAGAAAAAUCUCGCGCGAAAACUUAUUAUAUUCAUUUUAUUCUACCGCAUCAAGCAUUUUAUCGCGAAGAUUGAUACAACAAAUGGACUACUAUUGUUUCUCGCGCAUCGACUAUAAUAACUUUAAUCCACAUAAGAACUUAUUAGUUUCCAUAACCAUAGUUUUAAAAAGUCCGAGCUAUUAAAUAAAAAGAAAAAAAGAAAAGGAAAUGUUUUGUGCGGUCGAACGGGAUAAGUGACCCCGGAUGCAUUAUGAGUAUGUCUGACUUUGAUGGUGCAAUGUAUGUGCAUGUAGCGCUGAAUAUCUAACGCAAAAUUACAUGCACGUGCUGCCUGAUUACGCGUAUUUAUCGGCGCAGGAUAUACAUAAAUGUGUGGUUGAAUGUUACAAGAGAAACCGUAUUACCCCGCAUGACUCAAUAAAAAGGAUCCAAGAAAAACGAUUUGAUAUCGAUUAGUUAACCGGGAAACGAGCGCAAAUGUGUAAACUAAUUAGCUAGUAUUCGAGUAAUUAUCUUGUGAUACGACAAAGAAGAAAAGCAGUCGCUCUAAUGCUUAAUUGAAUUGUCAUAACCGCGCGUUACGCGAUGCAAAUUCGGAAGAAUACAGGGAAUUUAGUAUGUGUGUAUGUUGUUCGAGAUUCUAAGCGGUACAAGCGAGAGAAGAAACAAAUAAAGAAGAGACCUUCUAGCUAGGCUAGCAUUGAAUUGUACAUAAUUAUUAAAUAUAUAACGCGAUAUCGAACGAGACGUUAUCAUUGUGCGAGGCGUUAACGAAAGAACUUUUCUUUUGUCGCAUUGAUUCAUAAAUUGAUAAAUUACAUUAUCUAAUGUUACACAUUUAUAUUUAAACAAAACCACUCACGGACUGGUAAUAUACAUUUUGCAUUUAAUUAAUUUGAAAUAAAUAAAAUAACUUUGGAACUAUAUUUGAAUUUGUCAUAUAGAACAUAUAAAAAAUUAUUUGUGUCUUACAAGAAUGCUGUGUCAGGAGUAAUUCUUUUUCGUUAUCGCCUGGUACGUUAUAUGGAUAUUUAAAUAAAGCAUAGUGAGCAUUAUUAUAUUAUUAUUAUUAAUAUUAUUAUUAUGAUCAUUAUCAUUAUUGAAAUUCUUGAUAUUAUCUUUAUUAUUGUAUUGAGAGUGAAUCUGUUACUUAUGAUUUGGUCGAGUGUUAAUAUUGUAUUUUAUUUGUUUCGUUAUUAUUAUUUUUUUUGUUGUUUACGCCACGUGUCGUACAACACGUCCCGUACCUAUGAAUGAUGUGCACAAAUAAUGCAAGAUUUGCAUUACUCUUUUACACGAGAUCCAUUGCGGGAUACGUGCUAUCUCGAUGCUUAUCGAAAAUCGAUUCAGAGUCGUUCGUAGCCAAUGCCCGCGGUGUGGCGAAAUAAGAGACGGAAUGGAAACUGCAGAUAUUUACUAUUUAUUCGUCAGGUGCAAAGAAAUGCGUUCUCUCCAAGUUAAAUUAAGCUCAAGUAUUACGUUCGCGUAGCGUCACUCAAAUGUUAUUUCAUUCCAUGUAAUAUACGUAAAAUAGCCUAACUAAAAAUAUUUACUUAUUACAUCUACGUAACCUAGAGCACCGUACGUGUAAGAUCCGUAUAAUUAUAAAUAUAAUUUAAAUUGUAAUUAUUAAAUGGUAUGACGUACAGAAA